GGCGCCUUGUGACUCUGGGCUGUGGGCGCGCUCCCGGCGCUUCGGCCAUGGUUACCCAGAGAUUAGAAGGAUGCAAUACCCCUCACCCUCACCGUAAGCAACCUAAUUGAAGGAGGAACUGCCUUUUAUGGAGGUUUUCUCAAAUAAUGAUGAAGGCCUUAUUAACAAAAAGUUACCCAAAGAACUUCUUUUGAGAAUAUUUUCCUUCUUGGAUAUAGUAACUUUAUGCCGAUGUGCACAGAUUUCCAAGGCUUGGAAUAUCUUAGCCCUGGAUGGCAGCAACUGGCAAAGAAUAGACCUUUUUAACUUUCAAACAGAUGUAGAGGGUCGAGUGGUGGAAAACAUCUCAAAGCGAUGCGGUGGAUUCCUGAGGAAGCUCAGCUUGCGAGGUUGCAUUGGCGUUGGAGAUUCCUCCUUGAAGACCUUUGCACAGAACUGCCGAAACAUUGAACAUUUAAACCUCAAUGGGUGCACAAAAGUCACGGACAGCACGUGCUACAGCCUCAGCCGGUUCUGCUCGAAGCUGAGGCAUCUGGAUCUGACCUCCUGCGUGUCCAUUACAAACAGCUCCUUAAAGGGGAUCAGCGAGGGGUGUCGGCACCUGGAGUACCUGAACCUGUCGUGGUGUGAUCAGAUCACGAAGGAUGGCGUUGAGGCCCUGGUGCGGGGUUGUCGCGGCCUGAGAGCCCUGCUGCUGAGGGGCUGCACGCAGCUGGAAGACGAAGCUCUGAAACACAUUGAGAAUUACUGUCAGGAGCUUGUGAGCCUCAACCUGCAGUCCUGCUCACGCAUUACGGAUGAAGGUGUGGUGCAGAUUUGCAGGGGCUGCCACCGGCUGCAGGCCCUCUGCCUGUCUGGCUGCGGCAAUCUCACGGACGCCUCCCUCACAGCCCUGGCCUUGAACUGCCCAAGACUUCAGAUCUUGGAGGCUGCCCGAUGUUCCCAUUUGACUGAUGCAGGCUUUACACUUUUAGCUCGGAACUGUCAUGACCUGGAGAAGAUGGACCUUGAGGAGUGCAUCUUGAUAACCGACAGCACACUCAUCCAGCUCUCCAUUCACUGUCCUAAACUGCAAGCCCUGAUCUGCAAGCAGGAAGCUAUGAGGGACGUGGCCGCCAGCCCCGAGCCAGGUGACUGUCACCCCUCAUUUGCUAAACUUCAGUUCCCAUGUUGUUCUUCACACGUGAAGGAGGCACGUGUGCACACACCCCACCCCUUCCGGGAACCGCUGUGUGAUCCUCCAGGGAAGAAGGGCCUUGUGCUUUCACAAAAACUACAUCUAGAAGGCUAUUUGAAAGGGAAACUGAUCAUGUUUCUUUGAAAAUAAGUUGAAUAUACAUUUGCAAACAAGGGGACUCCAGAUUGAAAACAACAUAGAGGAGUUCAUGAAGUUUGUUCAAAGGAGGUUAAGGAUCCUCUUUGUUAUUUGUUUUUAGCUCGUAGGAUGUCAUCAGCAGGUUCUGUUGAUACUGAGGGCUGGUUUCCUCUUCAGUACCAGAGCCAGUUUUUUGGACUUUUAAAAUCAUAUUCAUGUAGCUCACUGGUCCUAGAAGCUAUCCAAGAAUUUUAGCUAUUAUAUUAAAGAAUAAAGAACUAUAACCAAUAAAGGCUAUAUUACUUUCUUGAUGCUGCAAAGUCUUAUUUUUCAUCCCAAUUUAUCACAGCCUUUACCAGUGAGAUUUAUACUUUCACGUUUUCUUGUUACUAAUUAGUGCCCUUUCCAACUUUAUAAAGUCCCUUUAACAUUUCUUGUAAGGCAUGCUUAGUGAUGAUGAACUCAUUUAUCUUUAGCUUGUCUGGAAAACGUGUCUCCUUCAAUUCUCUCUUUUUUUUUCUUCCUGGCCGCACUGCACAGCUUGUGGGAUCUUAGUUCCCUGAACAGGGAUCGAACCUGAGCCAGCAGUGAAAGCGCCGAGUCCUAACCACUGGACCACCAGGGAAUUCACAUCUCUCUUUCAAUUCUGAAUAACUUUGUUGGGUUGAGUAUUCUUGGUUGGAUUUUUUUCCCCCAUUUCUUUCAGCACUCUGAAUAUAUUGUGCCCCUCCAUUGUGGCCUGCAAAGUUUCUCCUGAAAAACCUGCUCAUAGUCUCAGGGGGGUUCCCUUGCACAUAGCAAGUUGUUUCUCUCUUGCUGCUUUGAAGAUUUUUGCCUUGUCUGUAACUUUGGACAUGUCAGUUGUAAUGUGCUUUGGUGUGGGUUCAUCUUAUUAGGAGCUCUCUGGGCUUUCUGCAUCCGGGUGUGUUUCCUCCCCGAGGCUAGAUACGUUCUCAGCUAUUAUUUCUUCAGUUAACUUUUCUGCCCGUUUCUCCCCCCUCUCCUUCUGUUACCCUUAUGAGAACGUGAGUCUGCUUGAAGUUGUCCCAUAAAUCUGUUAGGCUAUCUUUACUUUUUUUCCGGUCUUUUUCUUUUUGUUGCUCUGAUUGGGUGAUUUUCACGGCCAUGUCUUCAAGUCACUGAUCUUUUCAUCUGCUUCAUCUAGUCUGUUCUUGAAACCCACUGCUCUAUUUUUCAGUUCAGUAUUCUUCAGCUCUGGGGCCUCUUGUGUGGUACUUUUCCCAGAUACAGGUGUACACUCCUGUCUGGGGGAUACUGCCCAGUUCCAGCGAGGUACAGGGAGCGUGCAGAGAUGGCACGCACCUGCCCACCUUUGCUGAGAGCACGUCUGUGGGCCUCUAGAUGUGCACCAGACCUGAAGCCUGCCCUGUAGGCUCCAGGAAAAGCAAAUAGGCCUCCUUCCCAGAAAGACUGGGGAUGUGUUUCAGCCUGCUGUCUGUCAAGUGCCCUUGGGGUGGUAGCCUGCCAAGAACGCUCUCAUGGUAAAGUCCCAGGAAUGCAUGCCUCCUUCGGCCGUCAGGGCCAGGUGAGAAAGGAGCGUGCCAUGGGUACCAUACCCAAAGACUGGGGCACCAGAAAUAAAAACCAGGGCACCAGGCUGAUGUAAAAGCUCCCUUCCGGGAGAUGCUGGUGCUCUGGAGCAUGGCAGAGGGGAGAGCAAAGAUGGCAUCUGCCGCCAAGGUCUCUAGAGAGGGUUACAGUCAGCCCUUCGGGGUGUGUGUAGUGAGAAGCCGGCCCCCCGGGCUGCAGCUGUGAUGACAGGCUCACAGGCCUCUUUCGGAGAAAGACGGCUCCGGGCUGUCUUCUCUUGCUGAGCCCGGAGCUGGGAGCCCCGUAAGAACGCUCUCCACUGGCCACAGUCCCAUGAGACCCUGCAGGCCAGGACGCAGACGUGCCCCCUGCAACAGCUGCGCAAACUGAGGCACCAGACACAUGAAACUCCCCUCUGAGAGAAACAGACAGGAUGAGAACGGCACCCACCCUGGUAUGAGGUGGAGGGAGGGCGGGGAGAGCACGGGAAUAGUGCGCACCAGGAAGGAAAAAGCCAGAAAAUUUUAAAACGUCAUCCAGUGGCUGGAGCUGGGCAGAGGGGAUGCGCGAAGAUGGCCCCACCGGUCUCCAGGCCCAGGGGGCACCCCAGCAGGCCCCCCAGUGUGUCACCUAGCAGGCUGGCCUCCCCCACCCGGGCCGGGCCCUCCUCCAUCAGGUGAGCCCUGGAGGCAGGGAGGGUCUGGGCGUGAGAGCCCUGUGCAGUCCUUCUCACACUGCUGAGGUCUCCGGGUCUCAGGUCUCGUGGACGUGGACGCCAGGGUGUUGGGUUUUCCCAGCUCGAUGCUCAGGUGCCCGAUGUGGGCUUAAACCCUUUGCUCCUCAGGGAGAAACUCCAGGCUUUAAGUUUCCUCCUGCCUUGGGGGUCUCCUCGCUUGGGGCCAGGGUUCACGGCAGGCUGUGGCCCAGCCUCUCCUUCCGCUUCCACGUGGGCCUUCUUUCGUCUGCCCAACGUGGAGAGUCGUUCAGCCGGUUUUUAUGUUUUUUUCCGGAGGAAGCUGUUCCCUGUGUAGCUGUAGAUUUGCCGUUUGCGGGAAGAGGUGAGUUCAGGAUCCUCACGGCACAGACGACCGCCUGCAGUGUCGGUUCCCAUCUUUGCCUGGG